AUGGCUCGCAAUCUUCUAAUUACUGGUGCCACCGGCAAGCAAGGCGGCGGCGUUGUCGAAGCCGUCCUCGCUCGUUUCUCCCAAGAUUUCAACAUCCUCGCCGUGACGCGCAAUGCACAGUCGCCGUCAGCCGUGCGCUUGACCAAGAAUUCGUCCUCAAUCAAACUUGUCGAAGGAAACCUUGACGACGUGCAGUCACUGUUUCGAGCCGCGAAGAAGGUUGCUUCCGGCCCAAUCUGGGGUGUUUACUCGGUCCAGGCUGCGGUAACGAAGGGUACGACGUUCGAGGGGGAAAUUCGCCAAGGCAAAGCGCUCAUCGACGAAUCCAUCAAGAAUGAUGUAAAGCAUUUUGUGUACAGCAGCGUCGAUCGCGGAGGCAACGAGCGGUCUUGGAACAACCCAACCCCAAUUCCGCAUUUCAAGUCGAAGCAUCAGAUUGAACACCACCUCCGUGACACGACGGCAAACGGGACGAGCGGCAUGGGCUGGACAAUCCUGCGUCCUGUCAUCUUCAUGGACAAUAUCACGCCGGGCUUCCAGGCCAAAGUUUUUAUGACGAGCUUGCGCAAUACAGUGAAGGAUAAGCCAUUGCAGUGGAUUGCCACUUCCGACAUUGGCGUCUUCGCAGCCGAGGCCUUCCACGAUCCGGCACGGUUCGACAAACAGGCCAUAGGGCUUGCCGGAGAGGAGUUGACCUUUGAAGAACUGAACCAGAGGUUCAAAAAUAUCACGGGCAGUGGUGUUGGCACGACCUUUGGGCUGCUAGGAAAGGCUCUCAAGGCGGGAGUGGAGGAAGUUGGUGUGAUGUUGGACUGGUUCAAGGACGAUGGCUACAAUGUGGACAUGCAGUUAGCUAAGGGCAUCCAUCCGAACAUCAAGGAUGUCGAGGGGUGGUUGAAGCGUGACAGUGCCUUUGUCGCGCGAUGA